UACUUCUGCAGAUUGGGUCUUUGCUUGACGAUCAUGACAUAUUUCAAAACUCAGUGAGAACAUAUCAGAGGUUUCCAAUGUCCGAACUUAAUAAAGUGAAAGAGCCUGAUGCUGAAAACAACGAUGCAGGUGAAACAGAGGAUGAUGAUGAUGAUGAUGAUGAUGAGGACAGUGAUGAUGAUGAUGAGGAUGAUGGUAAUGAUUCAGAAGAAGAGAGCGAUGAUGAUGAAGAGGAUUCGGAUGACGAGGUUGAGGUUCAGGCUAAUGGCAAUGGAGAAAGCGAUGACGACGACGAUGAAGACGAUGAGGAUGAUGAGGAUGAUGAUGAUGAUGAUGAUGAUGAUGAUGAAGAGGAUGAUGAUGAUGAAGAGGAUCAUUACCAGCUACCGUCAACAAGAAAGAAGUGAAGUUAAUGGUUCACCAUGUUUAAGGCUGCUUCUUUAGUAACUUGGGGCAGGUUGGAAAUUUUUUAUUGAUUAUUAUGUUAUAUUUGUUAAGAUAAGAGCGAUCAAUUGCUUUUAUGGUGGUGGAAAGUGUCUCUUCUUUUUAUUUAUUAAUUAUAAUGUGUCCUGUGGCGAUUGUAGUUGUCUGGAGGUUAUGUUAUCCAUAUAUACUGGCUCAUGAUCAUGUAUGUUAAUGAGUGGCCUGCCAGUUUGUCUCCGCUGCUAAACUUUGUACCCUAUUCAAAGUGCAACGUAUCUUACCUUAUGCAAGUAUGUAGUUUCUUGUUC